GUGGAACAUCAGUAUUCGCACAAAUUUACUGUGACAGUUAAGCAGGCGAAAAAUGUCACCAAAGGGGCUUUUGGAGAUAUGUUAGACACUCCUGACCCCUAUGUGGAGAUCUUUAUUCCCACGGCACCAGACAGCAGGAAGAGAACAAACUAUAUCAACAACAAUGUGAACCCUGAGUGGAAUGAAACUUUCGAGAUAAUUUUGGACCCCAACCAGGAAAAUAUUCUGGAGAUUACUCUUAUGGAUGCAAAUUAUGUGAUGGAUGAGACUAUUGGUACAGCAACUUUCCCCAUUUCAUCUUUGAAAAUUGGGGAGAAGAAACAAGUUCCAUUCAUCAUUAAUAAAGUUACAGAAGUCACGUUGGAGGUAUCUCUUGAAGUUUGCAGCUCUUCAACAGAUCUCCGUUUCAGCAUGGCUCUGUGUGAUGAGGAGAAGGACUUCCGACAGCAGCGGAAAACUAGAGCAAUGCAUCAUCUGAACAAGUUAUUGGGAGCUGAUUUGACCUCCAUUCGUGAUGUGCCAGUAAUAGCAAUCUUGGGAUCUGGAGGAGGAUUUCGGGCAACUGUGGGAUUUUCUGGAGUAAUAAAAGCACUGUAUGAAUCUGGAAUUUUAGACUGUGCAACAUAUAUUGCUGGAUUAUCUGGAUCCACAUGGUAUAUGUCAACCCUGUAUUCUCAUCCAGAUUUCCCAGUGAAAGGCCCAAAGGAGAUAAACGUUGAGUUGAGGAACAGUAUUAGUCACACCCCACUGAAGCUACUUACACCACAGAAAGUGAAGCGAUACAUUGAAGCACUGUGGAAGAAGAAGAGAUCCGGCCAGCCCGUGACAUUCACGGACAUCUUUGGAAUGCUGAUAGGAGAAACACUGAUUCAAAAUGUAUCUGGGGAAGUGCAUUUGCUAUACUGUUCAACAGAGUGCUUGGGGUAUCUAACAAUCAAAAUAAAGGACCCACAAUGGAAGAAGAACUAG